AUGCCGAAGUUCACGAAGUUUCUAAAGGGAAUAUUAUCUAACAGAAGGCAGAAGGGUGACUUCGAGACUGUAGCAUUAACAGAAAAUUACAGCGCCCUCCUUAUGGUGAAUCCCCCACCAAAGAUUCAAGAUCCAGGAAGUUUCUCCAUACCAUGCAGAAUUGGUCCUGAACUCAUACUAAGAGCUUUCUACGACUUGGGGGCUAGCGUCAUCCUAUUUCCGUACUCCUUAUGCAAGAAGCUGGGCCUCCAGAACAUAAAAUUAACCACCAUGGCACUUCAAUUAGUGGACCACUCAUGUAGAUACCCGAUGGGAAUAGUGGAAGAUGUGCUAGUUGAAGUGGGUGGGUGUACAGUUCCCGCAUAUUUUAUUAUUUUGGAUAUGGAGGAAGAUCCUAAGAUACCGAUUAUCCUUGGAAGAUCAUUCCUUGCCACAGCUGGAGCCAUCAUCGACGUAAAAAGUCACAGGCUAUCCUUGGAGAUUGGUAAAGAAAAGAUUGAGUUCGAUUUAUCAGAUUCCUCCAUCUGCAACUCCUCCCCUCAGGGACAUUCUCGCAAGAUCAACAUGCAUAAAGUCGAGUAG